GUCAGCAGCGGAAUUUGACAGAUUGGGUUUCACUCCAGCGGACCGUCUCUCCACGAAUCCGCUGGUAUAACUUGAGCGAACACAUCACAGUAUAGUGUCAUAUUUUCUGUGAGAAUCGUCAGAGAUAAAUCUAGUCUUGCGCGGAUUGUGUUAAUAUCAAUCAACAUUGACGGGCGGCGCGUGUUACCUCGCUCAGCAUCGAAUACGGUUAAUAAUGCAGCUGACUCGAAAUCAGAUGACAUGAGACUUGUGCGUACAGUGAUGAGGAAGCGCGAUAUUAAUCGCCGCGAGGGAUAUUUAUCGAAAACGAAAAAUGUUCGUCAGAGAUCCCUGUGGCAUCAUAUGCAUUAUCGUGACCUACGUAGCGGUGUUUUACGCUGAUUACGUUGUAGUACGAUGGAUCGUGUUGCACACCAUGCAAGACAGCUUAUGGGGCCCCUUCCAUGUAAUAGCAUUCAAUACUAUUGUGCUUUUCCUAAUGAUGGCACACUUGAAAGCUGUCUGUAGCGAUCCUGGUAUAGUACCUUUACCGCAAAGCAGAAUGGACUUUUCUGACAUUCAUGCUUCUGGAGGAAGUGAUGACCAUGAUGGUGAUGAGAAAGAUGAUUGGACAGUAUGUACUAGAUGCGAAACAUACAGACCACCUAGAGCUCAUCAUUGUCGGAUUUGUAAACGUUGCAUCAGAAGAAUGGAUCAUCAUUGCCCAUGGAUUAAUAAUUGCGUCGGCGAAAGGAAUCAAAAAUACUUCAUACAGUUUCUGGUAUAUGUUGGUGCAUUAGCUAUAUACGCUAUCAUCUUAGUAAUCUUAUCUUGGAUCAACGACUGCCCUCAAUGCAAUAACGACAUUGCCAUCAAGCAAAAUCGCAUUUUACAUUGCGUAAUAUUAGUCCUGGAAUCGGCACUAUUUGGUAUGUUCGUCAUAGCGAUAUUAGUGGAUCAGUUCCAAGCGAUCCUAGGUGACGAAACCGCCGUGGAGCGCGUACAAGGUACUCAGCGUUACCACAAUAAAAAUGCACCACGAACGUUUGCGCUCCUGUCUCAGGUGUGUGGGAAGAGCCAUCCGAUAUUUUGGUUGUUCCCUUGCCACAAUCCGCCGCGUUAUUCUUUCAGGAAGGAUGCGUAUUUAAUCGAUCACGUAGUAUAAAAUUACACGAAAUGUAUAUCUGCACGGUAUUUUAUCCCUUUGUAUUAUUAUAAUUUUUAUAAUGAUUUAUUAACGAUCCAUUCCUUGAAUUCGCGUAUGUUAACACACCGAAUUAUCGAUACAUAAUAUAGAUUCAAAACUUGUAGCUAUAUAACGUUUCUACUGCGCGAAAAUGAAGUAUUUAUAACCUGACUAUAUUAAGACUAUUAUUGCU